UUAUCAUCGGCCGAAUAUCAUACAAAUAGUAUAUUAAAAACUGUUCUUUUUGAACAAGCAAGGCAUUUAAUUUCAAGUAACGCAGUGACCAUCGAGAUCGCAGCAGACAGUGUUCUGCAGCAAAUUUUGGAAGAAUCUUUGCAUCCAGAGGUUACAAACAUUGUAUUGACUCGACGCACUGAACAAAACAAUAAUGUAAUUUUUCAAGGAAUUGGAAGACUUUACAACUGCGGCUUACAGCCGCAAGUUGCCAAUUUAUAUCCGCCAGUGACAUUUCCAGUUAGCCGAGGAACUCCU